CAGACUUUUAGGAGCCCUAAGAACAAGCUAAUGCAAUUUUGCAUAUCUUACAACGGUUCACCAGGAAGACCUUUACAGAUUUGCUUCGAGAACCACUGAUCUAGAGAAGACAUUUUGAUUUCAAGAACUGUUCUAGAGACUCUUCAUUUGGUUUGGAUACCUUCCUGUUUAGCCCAAGAGGACAUCCACUCACUGUUUGGGGAUCAGGGCCUGUUUGGCAAGAGGAGAGAAGCUCCAGGAUGACAUCUAAGCAUCUGCCUCUUGUCUUCCUCCUGGCCUGCCUGUGGUUCCUGGCUGUCUACUGCCACCUGGCUGAGGAAGAGAAAUGGAGUAAGGACAAGGGCCUGGGGAGAAACUCUACCAUGAACCUGCCUGACUUUCCUUCAGUCUCCAUUGUGGCACUGAACAAAAAAUCCAAGAAGAUCAUCAAGAAAGAGAUAGAAACCAAGAAAUCUUCUGAGAAAAAGGCCCCGGUGAAGAAGAAUCCUCAGCCCCCACCUCCAGCCAACUGUGUGGCCACCUGGGCCAACUGCCAGCCUCCGGCGUCGUCCUGCUGCCACCCGUGUGCUAUAUGCCACUGCCGCUUCUUCCGCAGCAUCUGCUCCUGCCGCCUGUUCCGGCCCCACUGCUGAACUCCAGGCCUGGCCUCUGAGUGCCCGGGAGGGGAGAGGCUGGGGAACCCCCUCCCAGUGGCCUCCACGGCUUCCCCCAUGGUCGUUCCAUCCCGACCUGCUCAAGCAGGAUCCCAAGGCGUCAGAAGCCCAGUUAGGCCUCCCCUGUGCUCACUUCUAAGUGGCUUCCCCCAGAUGUAGCUGCUGUCUCAGCCUCAUCUCAGGGCCCUGAAUCCAAACAGAGAGGUUCCCAAGAUGGCAGGGAAAAUGGGGGCAAUCCUGCCCCAAAUCAUGACAGUAACAGUGCCUGGUUUCAGGCCUGAGGUUUGUGCCCUUUGUCCCUUUGACCCCCAUCGCCUCUCCUCCCAAACUCAUAUCUAGAAUUGGGUAUCUUACCUCCCAUACUAAGAUGUAUGUGGCUGAUAGCUUCAAGAGCUGCUGGCUGUGAGGGAUUCCCAUUUUACUAUGAUCAUUUCAUUCCCCCACCAAGAAACCCUGAACAGCUCCGUCCUGCCUACGAGAUAAGGUCCAGACUCCUCAGUCCGUCUUACAAGGCCUUAUCCCAUCUAUCCCCCAGUCACCGGAUGUCUAAAGCUCCCCAAUACUUUUUCUAUCCUCUAGUCAAACUAAAUCACCCAAUCUUCUACAUUUGCCAUCUUUCCUCUUGCUCCUCCUCUAGAAAGCCUCUUCAUUCUACCAGUCCCGUCUGAGGUGCCACCCCCUCCAGGAAGCCUUUCUUGAUUUCCCUCAACCACACCGCCCUGUCCGCCAAGCUGGAAGUGGUCUCUUGUCCCCAGAAGUGUAUUUCUUGUAUAGCCUGAAUCACUUCCUGUCUUGUCUUAUUCUAUUUGUAUAUAUAGUUUAUCUCCCUACUAGACUGUGAGCUCCUUGUGGGCAGGGACGACAUCUCAUUCUUAUUCAUUUCCUAUAAUGCCCAACACAUAGCACUCCUUCAAUAAAUGUUAUAUUGAAUUGACAGUGUAAUGACUCUCUACUUGUAGAGUUUAGGGACAUCCACUGGAAUCCAAAGUCACUCCCUAUUCAUUAUGGCAGCCUGACUUUCCCUGCCUUUAAAAUAAAAGCAUGGUGGGGAGGGUUAAAGGAGAUAAUUUCUAAGGUUCCUCCCAGCUCUGAUAGUCUAUGGUUCCAUGAAAUACGCAAAAAAGUCUGGUCAGGGAAGGUGACAAAACUCAUGUUUGUUGGUCCAACAGCCAGGUAAAACUCCCACAAUGCUGCCUUAGGAAACAUAUUUCAGCUAUUCAAGAUGCCCACAAGUGGUAUAGACUGACUCACAAGGUAGUGAGAUCCUCACUAAAGGCCAGAUGAUCAUGUUAGGAAUGCUCACAGGGGAGGGGAGUCCUGAUCAGGCCAAGGCUAGACUUGAGAAGAGCAUUGGAUCUGAAGACAUGAGAUCUGGAUUCAAAUUCUGACUCUGCCAUUUAUGACCCAGGCAGCAUGUAGUAGGAAAAAACGCCAGCUAUUGAUUUAGGAUACCCAAGUUCAAACCCCAGCUUUGCCACCUACAACAUAUGUGAUUACGGGCCACUUUCCCUCUCUCGUCCUCACUUUCCUCCUCUGUAGGGAGUUCAGAUCUUUUAAGAAUGAACUGAAUACGAGUUCCCUUUCAUUUCUGGCAACAUCUGGAAUGUGAUGUGCAAUUGUGUGGUCACCACAUUUGAAAAAAGACCAUUGAUAAAUUACACAGCAUCCAAAAGUGGGUGGGCAAGAUGGGGGGGGCACUUCAAGUCCAUGUCAUCUGAGGAUCUAAGGAAAGAACUGAUGUAUGGCCUGAAGAACAGGCUCAGGCUUGUCUUCAAGUAUUAGAAAGGCUGUCACAUAUAAGACAGAUUGAUUAGAUUUGUUUGUUUGGUCCCAAAAGGACCCCAAAAAGCAGAACUAGGAGCAAUGUGUAGGAGCUAUAGGGAAGCAAAUUUAGGCUGUUGUAAGAAGAAAAGUUCCUAACAAUUAGUUAUUAAAAAGUGGAAUGAAUUGCCCCAAGAGGUGGGAGAUCUUCAAGCAGUAUGGAUGACUGUGAUGAGUCUGUUACAGUGGAGGUUCUUUCAGGUAUUGAUUGGAUCGCAUAAGUGUUAUUUCAGUAGUUUUUAGUUUUCUUUGCAAUGCUCUAUAUUUUAGUUUAUAUGUUUAAAUGUGAAGCCUAGGCUGCUCUGAAAAGAGGUCAUAAGCCACAGCAGACAGCCAAAGGGACCUAGGCUACAAAAAACAAGCUCCUAGAGUUAAGAGCUCCUGGACUGGAUGGUUGAUGAGGCUCUGCUGAGGUUUAAGGGUGCUAGGACCUCAGAAUCACAAGCGGGUCUUGCCUGAAAGAAUUCAACCCAAGCCUUCUUUCAGUCAAAGACAAGGUUUAUUAGAACCUGCGCCAU